UAUUUUCAGGGGUGCAACCGGGGUCUAUAACUGAGCACCAGAAAAAAAAAUGUCUCAAAGGCCGCGGGAUUAUGAUUCAAUGAAAGGGGUGACGUGGGGAGAGAGGAACCAGGAAUAUCUGGAAACUGUCUGGAACAAAGUCGUCCAUGAAACGUUAUAUUGCUUCCUUAGUCGUUUUCAUCCUCGGCUGUACCAUUUCAGGAGAAUGGGUCUUUCUGCUUGCGUAUUGGACAAAAAACCCUGUGGCUAACAUCAAUGACAUGGGAUCUGUCCACGGAUCACCGGACGAAAGGUCGUUUUUGGAGCGCUGGAACCUACAGGGAUUUCCAAAGAUCUGGUUAAUGGCAAACUUGUUUGGUUUCUUUGGAUACUUCGGGAUCGGCGGAUGGUUGCAGUGGUACUUUUAUUUCCGGAGGCGAGAGACUCCAAGCGAAUGGAAAUGUCAGCCGAAUCGUUGGAUCACGCCGGAACUCGAGCGACACGAAAUCAAAUGGGGCAGCAUAACUCUGGUCAUCACUAAUUUCUUCUCGGCAGUUCUCUCCGCCCACGUGAUCAAUGGCGGCUGGUCCAUGAUUUACUACCAGCUGGAUGAAUACGGAUGGACCUGGUUCUUCCUUCAGUGGCCAGUCAUCUUUUUGCUCCAGGACUACGCUAUCUAUUGGAAUCACCGACUCUUCCAUGUGCCGUUUUUCUACAAAAACUUUCACAAACUGCAUCAUAGCUACAAAGUUCCGACGGCAUAUUCGGUAACAGCCAUUCAUCCUGUUGAAUGCGUAUUCUUCCAAACGCUUUACGUACUCCCCGUCUUCACCAUUCCUUGUCACUGGGCCGUGUACUGCACGCUUUUGGGUUACAUUUACUACCACGGUAUCUUGGAUCACAGCGGUAUCAGGAUGAAGUCCAUGUGGCCAUGGCAGCCUGAAACAACUUUCCACGAUAAUCAUCAUCAAUACUUCCACGUGAACUUCGGUUUCAACUUCUACUUGUGGGAUGUGAUCCACGGAACCAUGAGGCGAAAGGAUCGUGUUUAUCGAGAAGAAAUUUGGAGCCAAAAGGGAUUAUCUUUGGCUGAAGUGUCUGAAGAGGUCCUAAAGGAAGAGCUUGCCGAGAGGGAAAGCGAAAAUCGUGCAGACAAGGCCGAACUCACUGAUUUCCUCAAGAGCAAACUCGCUUGAUCGAGCAAACUUAACACUGCAAAAUUACGAGAAUGAUGCAUAGCGCUUUUUAAAUGGGAGAAUGGACAAUGCAGGAUUUUGACGACUUGUAACAAUCCCGAAUUUCAAUCGCUGAGAAGAAAAUUCGCCAGAGGUUCAAUCGCAAACGCUUGCAAUUCGAAAUCAACAUGGGAUACACCAACUGUAGCCACAACAAAGAUCACAGUGAAUAAAAUGCAAUCUGAACAGUAUCAUUUGUGCCAAAAAGAGAUCAAAUCUGUUCGAUGAAACAAAGUUAUCCAAUAUAGAUAGCUGACGGAUCAUCCCGCUUUUUAUCCUCCUCAUCCUCGGGCAAAAUCGUCAAUUGUUCUUUCAAGAUUUCAGAUGAAACUUCCGUAAACAGAGCGUCCCACGUCCACUCGGAAUCGAACUGAGAAAACGACAGAAAGUUGUGAAGAACUAGAUGAUAACGAAAAAAAAAGGAAUGCAACACCAACUUCUUUCGUUUCCGGCUCCGGUGCCAUGCACUUCAGCAACGCUCGCAAAUCAAUGUCGUCUAA